CCUUUUUUUUGCUUUAUAAUCUAAUUCAGUUCAGUGCUGUGAUGGAGUCGAUCUCAUCAGCGAGAUGGAUAUCUGAAUGGGAAAUGGAGGAGACUGCCUUCAUCGAUGAAAUUCAGAUAGACCCUUUUGAAUUUUCGUUCGAUGAGUUCAAAUUUGAGCAGAGUGACGGGGCGGGGACGGUGACGGCGACGGCGGCUGAGAUUUAUGAUUAUGGACCGUCGGCGGUGGUGGAGGAGAGGCCGGCAAAGCAGUUGAAGGUGGCCGCCGCCGACGGCGCCCAUUGCCAAAUAUUUGCUCCAACUCCAAAGGCUGAUUCGUCAUCCUCCUCCUCCCAUAUAAUUUGCUUCCAAAGUUCGAAUUCCAAAUCUAGCACUGUCGUCGAACCCAAGCUCGAGAUGGACUUUGAAUCCGACAGAAAUUUAAAUUUUUCGUCGCUGAUUUCAGAGAGUAGUUGGAAAGAGAAUAAUCGGUACUGUUGGAGCAGAAAUGGGCAGGGAACCAAAAGGGCUGCUUCUGGUUCUAUGAAUAGAAAUCCUUUACAUGCUCGAGAACAUGUCAUAGCUGAGAGAAAGCGCAGAGAGAAGCUCAGCCAAAGAUUCAUUGCUCUUUCAGCUCUCAUCCCUGGCCUCAACAAGAUAGACAAAGCUUCUAUCCUGGGCGGAGCAGUGAGAUAUGUGAAAGAGCUUCAAGAGCGGCUGAAGGAGGCGGAGGAACGAGCAUCCAAAAUAUCGGAGGAAGCUGCCACGGUGUACGUGAAGAGAUCCAGCCUGUCAUGUUCCGACGAUGACGUGUCAUCGUCGGAGGAGAACACAGAUUCCAGCGGAGGGCCAGUUCCGGAGAUAGAAGCGAGGGUCUCAAACAAGGAUGUUCUCUUAAGAAUCCACACCCAUAAACGCAAAGGUUGUCUCUCGUAUUUGCACAACAAAAUAGAGAACCUUAAUUUGACAAUCCUCAACAGUACUGCCUUGCCUUUUGCCCAUUCUCAGCUCCAUAUAACCAUUGUCGCUCAGAUGGAUAUUGGAUUUUGCAUGUCAAUGGAGGAUGUUGUGAAGAAUCUAAGACAGGCUCUGCUGGAAUUCAUCUAAUUACAUCGCAAAAUUAGGCAAUAAUCCUUUGUUUUUGUUUUUGUUUAAGAUUGAGAUUUGAAUUUUUCUUUCCU